AAACGUUGUCGGCUUGACUAAAAAAGGUCUUCGACACAUCGGUAAUCAUCGGGUAUCGUUUCGAUGUAUGAAAUCGUGUUAAUAUCGUUUCUGGAGUCUGCAUCUUCUACCAAUGUAUGAAGAUCGGUCAGGUGUGUGUUAUCGUUCUGAGCACAUCUUGCAAAAAUGCACACGCAAGAGGCACCACCACUUUUAUGAUAAUUGCAGGUUUCAAAUAAUUGCUCAGUAACAUUUUCUUCAUCGUACCCCCAUUUAACGUUUUGAAAAUAUGGGUAUGCCUAAAAGUAACGCAGGGAGUAUUCGUAGUUGACCAGCAAGUAUGGAUGCGGAAACGAGUAGUGAUCUCACGCUCUUGGUGGGGCAUCCCGCGAUCGUGGCACUUGAAUCGGAUUUCCAAUUAGCCGAGCUUGCGACCUUGCUCCCCGACCUCGCUGCGGACUUGAGAUCUCUAUCCGACACUCUGCGGAAUCCAGCGGCCAAGAUCCUAGUUGCGAUACUCCACACACUUCUGGUCGCAUUAUCCAGCGAAAAUGUGGACGAGUCAAGGAACGGUUGUUUUCAGCAGCAAGAUUACUGUGGCACUGGAGAUGCGGCUUCAACAUCCAGAAAUGCGGGUAGAAGUUUCUCAUCUUCUGGAGAUUGUGUUUUUCUGACGCCACCACGGAACAAAACCUGUUUGAAUCAGAGGUCUGGCGCAAGGCACGAUGAGUUGGUUCCGACAAUUGUUAACGGCAAGGGACAUCAUCAAGAUUACUCUGUAUUCGUUCCACGGACAGGGAGCACCGCUGCGUCGUCGACUUACUUCUCGAACAGCCCAGAGAAUGAAGCGAGACGAGAAGAGGAAGAUGGGGAUCGCGCUUCCGAGAUGCAACCAGUUGAGCUGGAUUUUGACGGAGAUGGUAAGCAGAAGAGCACAACUAGAACAUCUUCAACGCAAAGAGAUGGCAUAAGAACAAGAUUCGUACGCGACCAACACUCGGAUGCAGUAUUCACCCUGCGAACUCUCAAUGCGAGAUCUACCACGGCUAGCAAAAUAUACGGAAUCUCGCCACGUCACGGGAGGGAAGUUUUGCGGCUUCGAGAAACGAUCGACGAAUUAGCGACCAAACUGGAUGUCGCGGAAGCUGCUCAGGCGCAUGCGGAGCGACAGUUGCGACGCGAGCAACGUAAAUCGGAAUCGCUCUCCGACUCGGCAAUGCAAUUUGAGGACGCACAGAAGCAGAUUUCGCGGUUGCAGGAUCAAGUAACGCGUACAGAGCGGAGCUUGCGGGAGGAACGGGCGCAGAGGAUGUUGCUUGCCACGGAAUGUGAGCAGAAACUUUGGUGUGUUAGUGGAAACCCAGCAGCGCAUGAUCCUGUUUUCGAUGCUGCAAUUAGCAGCGGUUCAUCUUCUUCUGGACAGAGUUAUAGCACUCGUCUGCGCAAACAAACCUUAUUAGAGCAGGCCCUGGAUAUUGCACACAAGCGAUUGGGUCGAUGUUUUGAGGAGGAAGCCUCGCUCAUUUCGUGUACGGUUUUCCGCAGUUGGCAUGCAGUGCAGUACGAAGCGCAAGUUACGCGCGAGCUGACCCGAUUGCAAGCGGCCGUUGCCGACUUCCAUCUGCGCGAGCGGGACUACCGCGAAGAGAUGCAACAAAAGUUGGAGGGCGCAGUGGCGGAAGAGAAGAAAACGCAUGAGGAUGCGGCAGCAAGUGCGCGAGAAACGCGUAGGCUGCGAUUGCAACCAUGCCAGGUCGAAGGAGCACGAGUGGACAUCGUUACUGCUCUGCCUAGUGCCGUCGGAGCUAUCAUGGAGGAUAUCCUCAAACGAGUAGACCAGGAAAUUGAAGAAACAUCUUCCAACAAGAUGGACUUGCCAGCUGCUCUGCUCGUAGGCGAAGAAAUGACCGACGAAGCAGUCGUACUGUUGGACAACCAAAUAAAGGUCGAUCAAGAUGUGAAAUUCGAGAACGACGAUCUUGUCAGUGUGACCACCACGGAUUCUGAAGAAGUAUGGGAUGAGUUUCCUGUAGACGAAGCGCAGCGUGCAGACCAGGAAGAUGCAGAUGCUAGUAGUACUCAUACUACUGGUACUUCUAUUGAACAACAAUCAGAGUUAGAAGAUGACGGCGAUUAUAGAGAGUCAGCUAAGAGCAUGCCGUCCAUACGUCUCCUUGAUGAACAGUGGCGACUAGCGGUCCGCGAAGUCCUCGAUAAGGAAGUGGGCACUGGUGCAAACAGAUGCGGAGACACGUUUCUUGCAGUCUUCACUGGUUUAGUGAUGGUAGUGGCAGUGAACGCGGGUUUAAACCUUCUAGUUUCUCCACUUUGA